AUGCUGGAGGGCGGCGGCGGCGGCGGCGGGAGCGACGACGCAAUGGUCCACGAUCUACGACUCCAGGAAUCUCUGUCCCGUGACGAUGAUGAUGAAGAGAAUGCAGAGAAUAAAUCUGCAAAGGCUGUACUUGAUACUGCUGAGGGGGGAAAUUUUCAGAAGCAAACGCAAAGAGGAGAAGAGCUUCGGAGAGUUAUGUCAGAAUUGAAAAAGAGUUUGGAGAACAGAUGCACUACGCAAAAUUCUAUGAGCAGUACUGGAAAACAGAACCUGGAUGAUGGAAAAGAAAAAGAUACAUUGGAUAUGGUGAAAUCAAGUACCAUUGACGUUGGGCCUGAUACAAAUUUAAAUGGUGAUGAUGAUGCAAAUGAAGCGGAAUUCUGCUUGGAUCAAUUUGAAAAUAUACCCGAAGAGUCGGAUUCAGAGGGUGGUACUGAAAUUUCUGAAGAUGAAGGUGAAGACGGUAUUGCUGAUAAUGAAGAGUAUUUGUUUCCAGACCCUGAUGAAGCAGAAGGUUUGAAGAAACCAGCUGUAGGGAUGAGUUUUGAUACUCUAAAAGAAGCACAUAGAUUUGUCAACAUAUAUGGGCAGCUGAAUGGGUUUUCAGUGUUCAAAGGAAGGAACUACAAAAACAAGAAAGUAUUUCUGAUGUGCAACAAAAGUAAGAGAGCUGUAGAACCUAAGAACCCAGCCAAAAAAAGGAAGAGGUCAGUUGUUAAGGGGACCAGCUGCAAAAUGCAGAUAAUAGUUGUGUUGGAGCAGAUGAGAUGGAAGUUUACAGAUGUGGAUUUAGUUCAUAAUCAUCCAUUGGUGAGCAGUCCUUCGUUGACAAAAUUUUUUAUCAACCAUAGGUAUAUGACUGAAGAGGAGAAGAAAUUUUCAAGGAUCUUGCAAGAAGCAAGGAUAAAACCCAGGAGAAUAAUGCAGAUAUUUAGAAAAAUGAAGGGGAAUUUCAAGUACAUGAAUUUUGGGAGGACGCAACUAAAGAAUUUGAAGCAAGCUAAUAGACAGAACAAGAUUAGAAACACAGAUAUUGAUAGCACCAUGCUUUUUGUGAAGAAGCUUCAAAAAGAACAGCCUGGCUUUUACUACACAAUGAGGACAGAUGAAGAAAAUACUGUUAAAAGCAUAUUCUGGACAGCAUCAGCUUCAAGGCUAAACUACAAGUUAUACGGGGAUUUUGUUUCAUUUGAUACAACAUUUAGUACAAACAAGUAUAAUAUGCCUUUUGCUCCGCUUGUUGGCAUUAAUGGGCAUGGCAGGACUAUAGUGUUUGGAUAUGCUCUAUUAGAAAAUCAGAAAGCAGAAACAUUCUCUUGGUUGUUUAACACUCUUUUGGAAGCAAUGGAUGGGAAGAAACCUGAAUUAAUAAUCACAGAUCAGGAUGCUGCUAUGAAGAAAGCCAUAUCAGAAAUUUUUGGAUCAGAUAUACAUAGGAACUGUUUCUGGCACAUUAUGAGGAAUGCAAGGGAGAAUUUGGGGACAUAUUUGAAGGAAAGACCUGGAAUGGCGGAAGAUUUGGAAAGGGUAAUAUAUGGAUCGAUUAGUAAAGAAGAGUUUGAUGAAGGUUGGAAAGAGAUUUUAGAGAAAUAUGACGCAAAAGAAAAUGGAACUCUGAAAUUGAUGUGGAAAUGUAGAAGUAUGUGGGCUCCAGCUUACUUUAUGGAUGUCUUUUGUCCAUUUAUUAAGACUACUGGAAGAAGUGAGAGUACAAAUUCAUCAUUCAAGGACUAUGUCAUGAGGAAGGAUUCAAUUGAAACGUUCCUACAACAAUGUCAGAUCUAUGAAGAGGAACAGGCUGAAAUAGAAAGGAGGGACAGGUUUGAGUCGAAUGUGCAAGAACCUGUUUAUGCUACAAUGCAAAUGAUUGAGCGCCAUGCAGCACAAGUAUAUACAAGAAACAUUUAUCUUAGAUUUCAAAUGGAGUUAUACAAUUCUUCAGCAUAUUCACUAGAAGAAGAAGAAAGUUGGGCGAAGUACAAGGUGCAUAGGCUGAUGGAUCAUGAUAAAAUUGAGUUUUACAGAAGAACAUUCUAUAUAGAAGUUGACAAAGAUGCAAAUACUUUCAGUUGCAUAUGCAAAAAGUACCAAAGAGAUGGAAUACUGUGCUGUCAUAUUCUUAGGCUUUUUACACAUCUUGGCAUUUACAGAAUUCCAGAAAAUUAUAUCAAGCUCAGGUGGACUAAGGACUACCUGGAAACUGAACUGAGAUCACAGAAAAAGAAAGAAAUGGAGCAAUUUGGAAAAUGUAAUGAUGAACCAGUACUGAGGCAUGCCAUGAUGAUGAAUUCAUUGUCAGAUAUGUGCUCAAAAGUUUGCAAGGACAAAGAAAAGAGUGAAGAAUUUAUGAGGCAGGUUGAAAAUAUAUUUGAAAGAAUAGGAUGUCAAGGGGAGGCUGGUAAAGAAAGUGAUGUUGGAAGUUACAAAGAUCCACCUGUUAUACAAACUGUUAGUGUGGAUAAGGGUCAUAGAUUGGUUAGACCAUCUGAACAGAGUGCAAAAGAAAAAAGAGAUGCUGAGAAAGCAGCCAAAAAGGCCAAAACAACUGGAAAGAAAAAUGAGACUGAAGAACCAAAUACCAAGAAAAUAGGUGUGAAGACCGGGGCUACCAAAGCAAAGAAGAAGUCAACUAAGACACAUGGAGAAGUGGAUGAUGUUACACAAAUGUGA